ACUCUGCGCAUCGGCCCCUCGCUCUCUCCCUCCCCCGGUCCUCCUCCGCCGGCGUCCGCAGCUGGAUCGCAGAGUAACUAGGCCCAGCUGUGCAAAUCUAGGCGGGCGGCAGCUGCGAUGACCGUCAGGCUACUGUCCAUUGCGGCCCAGGUCACGGCGGCGGCCGCGGCAGUCUCCGCCGCGAUGCUGCUGGCCGGCGUCGGCGUGCUGGUGGUGCUGCACGUGUGCACCGUGGGCAAGGCGUUCCGGAGGUGGUCCACGGCUACCUCGGCCCGGGAUAGGCGCGGCGGCCCCAGCCACGGCCUGUCGCCCGACCGGCUUAAGCGGCUGCCUUGCUACGCGUUCGGGGCGGGGCGGGACGGCACCCUUGACUGCGCCGUCUGCCUGGAGAGCUUCCGGGGAGGCGACAGGUGCAGGCUGCUGCCGGCCUGCGGCCACAGCUUCCAUGCGCAGUGCGUGGAUCCUUGGCUGCUCACGGCGCCGGUCUGCCCCAUCUGCCGGAGGCGCGCCGACGGGCGAAGCCCCGGCACAGCCUCUCCCAACGGUCCAACACAUCAAUCUCAUGUAAGAUUCGAUGUAGAUCCUGUCAGUUAGAUUCUGUAAGCUUUGCAAAUGGAGCGCCGGCCAACUGCUGGCUCAGCACAAACGUAGUUGUAAGUACUGUUCUCUUAGCCUAUCACUGCCUCUUCCUACCGAGCUUUAAACCACACAUGAUCAUCAUCAUCAGCUGUUACCUCCCAGAAGAAGAAGAUGAACAACAACCAUUCUUUUGGGAGGUGUUGAAGGAUGAUGUCAAACAAGAGGACAGUGAUUUGUAUUGAAUCUUUUUGCGUCCAAUUAAACCUUUUCUUCCUUGAAGAAAUCAGCUUUGGACUAUAAAUGAGUACAGGCAGUACAUUCCGAAAGUAGAUUACUCCUUUGAUGUCUCUGUCUCAAGAAACUUUUAGAACUAUUUUUGUUAGCCUUCAACACCCACAGUUCUCUCUCUCUCUCUCUCUCUCUUUGCUUCUAUUUUCUCUUGGUCUUUCUCUCUAGAAUAUUUUUUUCUGAAUAAAGAAAAACAGUAAUAUACUAUUUUGCAAUGAGAUGAAAGGUUUUGGAGAGGGGUAGGCCACUUGAACCUUACUUGUUUUAAUGAUUUGAUGUCCUUUGAGAGUGUUAUGGUUGGGUCCGGGAAGGUAAUGGAAGCUACCAAACCUCAUUAUUUGGUCAUUUGGAAUGAUUCCAAUUCGACUUGAGUAUUUAUUUUACUAUUCACAGUUGUGUAUAAUCUAAUUAAUUAGGAAUGAUAAUUAUAGGAUCAUUGUCAGCUAUAGUUUCCCUGUUUAUGGACCCAACACAGGCUACAAUAUUAAGCAACAAUCUUCUUAUCAAGCAAAGUACAGUUCAUUUCAUAUUUAUAUUUUCUAAUAAUUGCUAUAUAUAUUUUCUACUUCCAUUAUGAUUCACUAUCAACACUAAACAAUUGACAAAGGUUGCAAGGAAGAAGCACAACUCAGACCUCCAUGUAACAAAUAUGGAUCAUAUUUUGGACCAUCUUGAUAUAGUUGAGAUAUAAAAAGGCAGGUGAUGUAGGUGUGUUCAAGAUAAUCACAUUACAUGUGUUGAACCCCAAAUAAGAUUUGUAGCAAUUAGCACUUGAGAUGCAUAAGAUACAGCUAAAGUCAAGUCAUGACCCAUAUGUUGUUCAAUAACCAUGUAUCUCAAUUUGUUUAAUGUAGGGGGAGAUAUCUCCCUCACCCCAACAUGAUGAUGCAAAGUUGCUAUUAGGAUAAUUAGGACAAUGAGACAUGCAUCUCUUAGGAUGAUUAUGAUUGUGCUGUCUUAUUGUGUUUUAAUCUUCUAUAUUCAAGUUGUAAUAGUGGAGAUGAGAUUAUGCUACCUGCUGAAGUCAUGACCCAUUGCUUGAAGCAAUUGUUCAAGUUUGUUCAUGUUGACCCAACAAGAUGAUGUAAAGUUGCUAUUAAACUACAUAAUUUAUGCAUUUUAGAAUGUUGA